AUGUUUCCAGAAGAAAAGCUCCGAAAUGAGGUCGCCACUAUACGAUUCAUCGGAGAUCAAAGCACAAUUCCUGUUCCCAUGAUCAUCCACUCGGGAGGGAAAAGAGAGGGCCCCUUGGAAUUGGCGCCUUUUCUUAUUAUGGAGUAUAUCGACCACCAUGCAAAUAUGAUAGAUGUACUAAAGACACAUGGGCGCCCAUUGGAUGAGCGAGUGUCGAUCAAUCAAGAGAUAAACCAGACCGACUUAGAGACCCUUUAUAGAGGCAUGGCGAACGUCAUUCUUUCUAUGUCCAACCUAUCUCAACCCAAGAUAGGCUCCCUCUGCCAGAUUGACGAUUUUACCUGGGAAGUGGCCAGUAAACCUCUAUCUCUUCAUAUGAACGAACUUGUUCGACUAGGGACUCUGCCUCAGUCGAAGUUACCGACCACUACAUUUGACACAGCAUCGUCUUAUUCCGAAGCCCUAGCUGAGCUGAACAUUUCACACCUCAUAAGCCAAAGGAACGACGCUAUAGAGUCGGCCGAUGACUUUCGACGCAAGUUUGUCGCAAGAUUUCUCUUUCGGAGGCUUAUUCGAGAUGCGACCCUUAAAGCACAAUGGAUCCGCUCAGAGUCGGACCAUGGUCCUUUUCCACUCUGGUGUGACGACUUUCGACCAGCAAAUGUUUUGGUAGAUGCUAACCUCAAUAUCACUGGGGUUGUUGACUGGGAAUUUACAUAUACUGCACCGGUCGAAUUCACCUAUGCACCACCUUGGUGGCUUAUUCUCGAACGGCCUGAAUAUUGGCGUGCAGGGUUUCAUGACUGGGCUGCAGAGUAUCAGAAAAAACUCGAUAUUUUUUUUCGGAUGAUGAUAGAUUGUGAGGAAGAGGCAAUCCGUCAGGGGCAGUUAGCACCUGAAAGCCAGCGGCUAUCUAAUGCGAUGCGACGAAGCUGGGAAAGUGGGGACUUCUGGAUCAUGUACGCUGUCAGAAACAAUUUCGCUUUCGACUCCAUAUUUUGGACAAAGAUCGAUGCACGCUUUUUUGGAAAAAUGUCUGAUGGCAUUAAUAUUUGCGACAUCUGGAAAGAGAUUCAUGGAAAAGCAUGCGAAUAUGAAGCUUAA